UUGUGCCAACCACCUCCGGGCGCUGACUCUCCGACUCAGGCCGAGGAUGGCGUCGCUUGGCGCGGGGCUGCUUGGCAGCCGCAAGCGGACAGCGGGCAGGAGCGCGGCGGUGGAGAGGAGAAACCUGCUGACCGUGUGCCGGUUUUCCGUGAAGACUCUCCUGGACCUCUCCUGCUUAGAGAGCAUGGAUGACACUUUGGCAGAGGUAUUAAACUUUGUGUCCAUCCUGGAACAUAUCCUCAACCAUCGACUUAAAGGUCAUACUUCUUGGUUUGGCUACGAGAGUCCUCAAAGUUUCUGGGAUUACGCCAAAGCGGCCUGUGCUAAAGUCCCUCAUAACUGCAUCCGAAGCAUCGAGAGUAUGGAGAAUGUGCAAUCGUCCAAAGCCAAGGGUCGAGCGUGGAUCCGUGUGGUUCUGAUGGAGAAAAGAUUAUCAGAAUACAUCUCAUCUGCUCUGAGGGACUUAAAAACUACCAGGAGGUUUUACGAGGAAGGAGCGAUCAUGCUGGGAGAGGAGGCGGGGCUUCUAGCGGACACGCUCAUCGCACUCAACACCAUCGACUUCAGCUUCUGUCUGAAGGGAGAGGGUAUGGAUGGCGGGGGCCCCGCAGUGAUCGACUACAUGCCUUACUUGAAGUUUACUCAAAGCGCAGACAGCAUCAGCAGCGACGAAGAUGAGAUGCGCACGCUAGGUAGCAGUGGCAGCGAGAGCAGCACGCCAGACAAAAUAGCCACAGCCGCCUCCAUCUUCACCGAGCAGAGCAACUUGGUCAGCAAGUGCAAGCGCCUGGAGCAGAAAAAUCGCAUGGCGCUGGAGCAGAAGUCUUACCUUGAAGAGCUGGUUCGUCUGCGUGAGGCUCAGCUGGCCGAGGCCACAACGCAUCACAAAGCGCUUCAGCAGAGCCUGGUGGACACACACCUGUCACACUUGCUGGAGAAAGAACAACUAGAGUUCAUCAUUUUGGAACUGCAGGACCAACUUGUAUGCGGGAGCCAAAGUACAGCCCCAACCAACCAGAGAGGCCAAAACAGCAGGUGCUGUGCCCAGGGAACAAGGGACCAUUGGCCCCAUGCAGCCAGGCCGGCCAGUGACAGGAACCACAGAGCCUACUGUGCCGCCCGACAAGGCCAGCGGCUGGCCAGAAACAGACGGGUCCAGCAGAAGACAAGGCACGGAAGAAGCAGGGAACAGCCAGUCCCCAAGUUAGCGAGAGACCACAUCCCACGCGGGCAGAAGGGCCCCUCGGGGCCUUUCUGCCCGCCGCAGGACCGCCUAGCACGGGACCACGGGAACCACCCCACCUGCAGGGGCCGCAAUGAUGGAGAUGGAACAUCCAGCAACUGCCCAGGACUUGAUGAGUUGGUCCAAAUCAACAGGACAGUGUUGAAGAACAAUGACUUGCGCUCACGACGGGAGCUGACAGCCCACCUCACCAAUCAGUGGCCGUCGUCUGAAGCUUUGGACGCCAGCGCCGUUGCGUUGGACACGCUGCUGGUCAGGAAAAGCGCUGGACAGUGGAAUAACAAGAGCCUCCACAAUGUGCCUGCAGACGUGAGCCUAUCGCAGAUGACCCUUGAACCGGCACAUCAGUUCACGUUGGAGGCCAAAGCAGCUUGUACACACUGGCCGCACCAAGGAAACGAGCAGACGCCAUCUCUCAGGGGACUGUGCGGCUCUCUGACCUCCGUCAACAGUUUCAGGUCUCUGGCCAGCCUGAGGUCUAACGAGUGUUUGGCCAGUCCUGCUGCAGAGGUCAGCAGCCCGGGUUUCACCCCCACGUGAACAUUCAGUACCCCUCCUAAUGUGGUAUUAUUUCACCUUUCUUCUAUGUGCGCUUUAACACACGUUUAAUUAAGGGUAGCAGUUGUGCUCCACUCACUAUGUUUCUUUUACCUUGAGUCACAAGUUAAUGUGCCAAGAAAACUGCAAGACUUCCAGGGUUUCAGGAUUUGUAUACAAGAACAUCGUCAUACAGUACCUGCUCUUUUUCCUCCGUUCAUUGUGUUCUGCGAACAGAUCAUCUUUAGUUCUCAGGUGUAAAUGUUUGUUUUGUGUGUGAUUUUGCUUAACACGUGUGAUUUUGCUUAACACAGUAUUUAGUUCUCAGGUGGUGACAACUAUGAUUGAUUUCCUCUCUUCAUUUUAAUGUGAAGUACUCCCUUUGAUUAAUAUUCCAAUGCCAAUUGACAUGGUGACCGUGAUCAACGUCCUGCUGCAGCUGGUCUGGCCUUCAGGCUGCGGAGCUCAACAACUUCACUGCUUGUUAGCAUUGUUAAAAUAAUUUGGCUUUUUAUUUGUCAUUUUGAAUAAAAUUUAAUUGCAAAAAAAGCAAGAUUUUGGAUAUUUAAACAUAUAACAUAAAAUACACAUAAUGAGCGUUUUUUUUAAUCUUUUGCACUCAUUCACUGGCUUUAGUAGUUGGCACUGAACAGGGACGAUCACUUCUUACGAGGGAUGGACACGAUCCAUAGAAUUAUGUGGAACAACUUCUUCAAUAAUAGUGUCUAUACUGUAGAUUCAGUCUGCUGUCUUAAGAAGUAGAACAUUAAGGCACCUAUUAGAGGUUGAGCAUGCAACACUAGCACGACAACAACACAGAACAUUCCCAUUAGAAUUUUAUGUGCGAAAUAAAAGUCAAAACCAAACCUUUUAAUGCAGGGUUUGGCAACCCGCGGAUUAAGCAUCCUUGUCGUGGCUCCGAGAUUGUUUUUACACUGUGCAUUUAUUGUAAUCAUGUCUGGAACCAAUUAAUAAGCAAGGGACGACGUGUAAAUAGGUAAAAUUAAAAAACUUAAAAGUUUAUAAGCUGUGUUGUGUUUUGCGGCUCCAGACUGUUUUUCUUUGACAAGGAGGAGGCAAUAAAAUGCCU